AUGGCGCUCAACGCCUCCACAGGGGGUCUUUGCACGACGCCAGAGUGCAUCCGGAUCGCUUCCCAUAUGCUGUGGUCCAUGGCGCCUAACUACACCGAGAUUGACCCAUGCACGGACUUUGAUAAGUCCGGUCUGCCAGAUGUCUGCGCCGGAUGGGAUGCGCAUACCCAAGUCCCCGCCGGCCUAAACUCGAUAGAGGUGAUCGUUGAGCAAGACCAGCAGAUCACAUGGGAUGUCAGCCAGAUGUUGGAGGGGCCGUACCCUUCUGGAUCGAAUAUCGGCUGGGUGACCGAGUCGCUGUCAAAAGAGCAGGCCGAGGUCGACAAGGAGAACUGGGCCCUGCUGCAGAAGGCCUACAACACCUGCAUGAAUAUGACAGCAACUGCAGCCCUGGAUGUCAAACCGCUGCAGGCAUUUCUGGAAGACCUUGCCAAAUCCUUCCCGGUCGAAUCCGGGUCGCAGAAGACUGAUCUCGAUGCGUUUGCCAAGGCCGUGGUCAAGCUCCAACAGUUCAACAUUCAGACCUUCUUCUCCGCAACUGUAAACCUGGAUGAUCUUGACAAGACCAAAUAUGUUCCCGUUUUCGGUCCUCCCAAAUUUACAGACAUUCCUGCUGGUACAGACCAGGCGACUCUCAAAUUGCUCACUGCAUAUGCUGCCGCUAUACUGCAGGCUGUGUAUCCUGGCAACCUGACCCUCGACGCAGCCACCGAGAAGGUCACCCAAAUGCUGGAGUUCCAAACGACAAUCGAUGGCAUGGCGAAGCUUGGAUUGGCCAGCGAUCCGGUGUCGCUUGAUCCCACCAAGCUCGUGCCUAGGGCCUCACAGGAGGAGAUCAACGCUACAGCGCCAGCGCUCAACUUCCCGGCGAUCUUCGAGCUCAUGGCUCCGAAAGGCUAUAAACCAGAGAAUAUUACAUUGCUCGGGCAAGACUAUAUGAAGAACGUCUCUGCCUUGGUCGCCGGGACCCCACCCGCUGCGCUCAAAGACUACCUCAUCUGGCGUGCCACCCUUUCCCUUGCCGAGUUUACGAUCUCGGACCUGACCAAGCCAUUGAACGACUAUCGGACCACCAUCAAGGCCCAAGGGCUUCAGUAUGGAGAGGCGGCUCAAUGGCGAACUUGUGUCAAGAACAUGGAAAGCGGCCCCUCCCUCGUUAAUUCGCUGGGCCCCAUCGGCACCCCUCACACCCUUGGCUUUGCCAUCAGUCGCUUCUUCAUUGAUAGGUACUACAGCCCGGAAGCGCGUAAGCAGACUGACGAGAUGGCCACCAACAUCCAAGAGACGCUAGGCGAGAGAAUGCUGCAGAAGGACUGGGUCGCAAACAAGACCAAGACGGCCAUCAAGGACAAGCUCGACAAGAUUGUGCACAAGAUCGGCUUCCCCGAGUCGGACCCCAACGUCCUCGACCCGGCCUCCCUGCGCGACUACUACGCCGGCCUCGAGUUUACCGACUCCUACUUCGCCAAUACGCUGGCCCUCGCCGGCUUCGGUGUCAACAAGACCUGGGCGCAGCUCGGGCGGCCCGCCAACCCGAAGGCCUUUGUCCUCGCGACCCCCAUGAUGGUCAACGCCUUCUACCAGGCCAACUACAACGAGAUCAACAUCCUGACGGGCUGGCAGCAGUUCCCCAUCUACGACAAGGGGUUCCCCUCGUACCUGAUCUACGGCGGCAUGGGCGUCGUCGUGGCGCACGAGUUCAUCCACGGCUUCGACAGCCAGGGGCGCAAGUUCAACGCCGAGGGCGAGAAGGCCGACUGGUGGGACAACGCCACCGUCGCCGAGUUCACCAAGCGCACCGACUGCUUCGUCGAGCAGUACGAGAAGUUCACCAUCGCGGCGCCCAACGGCACGCAGCUGCACGUCAACGGCGCCAAGACGCUGCCCGAGAACAUCGCCGACAGCGGCGGCGUGGCGACCAGCUUCGAGGCGUGGAAGCGGUCGAUGCAAAAGAAGGCCAAGCGCGGGGGUACUUCCUCUGGCGGCGACUGCCGGCAGCAGAACCCGAAGCUGCCGGGCCUCGAGAAGUUCACCGACGAGCAGCUCUUCUUCAUCAAGUGGGGGCAGACCUGGUGCGACAACCGGUCCCCCGAGUUCGCCGUCACGGCGCUCGAGACUGACGCCCACUCGCCCAAGAACGGGCGCAUCAAGGGCUCGACGGCCAACUCGGCCGAGUUCUUGAAGGCGUUCAACUGCCCCAACAAGAAGCCGACUUGUGAGCUGUGGUGA